AUGACAGGCGGCUCCGAUUGCAAUCAUGAAGCUCGUCGUCCACUCUGGCUCACAGUCCAUGUCCAGUCAAGGAAGUACUCCCACAUCCAGGCCUACGUGGAGACUCGAACUGACGACGCGCGACAACGUGCGGGCCGCAUUGCUACCCAUGAGCAGCCCGCACGGCCCAAUUGGAUCACCCUAGCCCCAGGGGCGUCAUGA